AUGCUAAAAGGGGUCUGGAAGCGGCACUUAGUUUUUAUUGGAAGCAUUCUUCGCCUUCGCUCAGGAGAUAGUGUUAUCCCUGCUAAGCUUGCUGAGCAUGGCUACCAAAGGCGAUUAUGCGUCAGCUUCUCUCCUGUAGUGGUUGGUGUGAUGACAGAGAGACAGAAGGAAAUUGAAUGGAUCGAUUGGGGUAGGGUUAGUGUCCGAAAUAUGCUAUUAUUAAUUGCGACUGGUCCAGUAGAUGUCGCUUCUGAUAAAGGAAUGCUGGACACCAUGAUUCACGGCAGUCCUUGGAGCCCCCAUGAAGGUGAGGGAAAAUACAUGCAAAUACCCGAAAGAGGUUCAUGGAUGGAUAUUUUCGACAGGAAAAGAUGGCUCUAA